AGACGCAUAAGUUGUGCGGCGCAACCAAUCGUAGUCGUUGUUUCGUGAAAAGGGGAAGACUCAAAAUAUUUGCUGAAAAUACGAUUAAAAAUAGGAAAAAUGGUUGUUUAGUCUACAAUAGCAGGGCAUUUUCGCAAUUUAAAAAAGAUUUCUAAUUUUUAUGCAAUUAAUAAGCCACAAAAAUGUCUGUGUUUUUUGUAAAUACAAAUCAAGAUAGCGAAGUAGAAGGUGAUUCAAAUGGAGAUUUACAGAUUGCCUCACCGGGCAAUUCCGAGGCUCAACAAGCAUUGGCUCAUUUCUGGCCAAAAGUCAUGGAAGAAAUAAAAAAUAUCACAACUAUGGACCUUAAAACACAAGCCUUACCAUUGGCAAGGAUAAAGAAAAUCAUGAAAUUGGAUGGAGAUGUAAAAAUGAUAAGCGCGGAAGCACCUAUGCUCUUUGCUAAAGCCGCAGAGAUUUUUAUACACGAACUGACCCUUCGAGCUUGGGUGCACACAGAAGACAAUAAGAGGCGAACUCUUCAGCGCAACGACAUUGCAAUGGCGGUUACGAAAUACGAUCAGUUUGAUUUUCUUAUAGAUAUAGUACCUAGAGACGAAAUCAAACAAAGUAAGGCACAAAAUGAGGCCACUGUUCGUACAUCUAUGAACUCGGACCAAGUUCAUUAUUACUUCCAAUUGGCGCAGCAACAGGCCUCAGCGAAUCAAAAUGUGCAAAGCAGUAGCACUACUACGCAGCCCAUACAAAUUGUCCAACCUUCAGGCGGACAAAUCCAGACCAUCAAUAUCGGCAGUCCUGUGGAACAAGAAAGUACUAACACGACUACGGCCCAAACAGUCACGGUUCAAAGUCCACAACAAUCAUCCAAUCAACAAAUCAUUCAACUGCAGCAACCGCAACAAACGUCCACCACGCAGACCGGAGGGAUACAAAUUGUCCAACAGAUUGUCACUCCUAACGGCGAAAUUCAGCAAAUACCCAUUCAGUUGACUCCCCAGCAACUGCAGAUGAUUCGCAUGCAAGUGCAAGGCGGGAGCAAUCAACCGAUUAUAAUACAAACCGCUCCAAUUCAGACGCAACCACAAUUAAUACAAGUUGCACAAGGCUCUCAAGCUCGUUUUUUACAAGCCUCCAGUGCUGAUACCGAAUAAUAUUAAUUAACUUUAACAUUUAUAUAGCUAUAUUUAUAAUGACAUAAUAUACUGAGAAAGAAACUGAUAAAUCAGAUUAUCGUUUUGUA